AUGAAUUCACGCCUGGAUCAGUCAGCGUCCAGAGGAUCCAUGGUGCUUGCCACUGUGGAAGAUUUUGGCUGCUGGAUCACCGUGGGCAACUGCCUGCACAAGACCACCGUGCUUCCGGACACCGCCUGCCUCUUCACCCCGCUGGCGCUGCCCCUGGAUUACUCCCACUAUAUCUCCCUGCCUGCGGGCGUGCUGAGCCUGGCCUGCUGCACCCUCUACGGCAUCUCCUGGCAGUUCGACCCCUGCUGCAAGUACCUGGUGGAGUACGACGCCUACAGACUGUCCCGGCUGCCCCUGCACACACUCACCUCCUCCACCCUGGUGGUGCUGGUCCUGAAGGACGACUUGCACAGAAAGAGACUGCACGACACGAUAGCACUGGCGGCUCUGGUGUACUACGUAAAGAAGAUUUACGAGCUCUGCGCUGUAUGA